CUGGGAAGGUCCUGGUAUUUGGUGUUUCAUGAUGUGUCAUGUACUUCUUUCCGCCUGCCCCGCAUAGCCCUUUUUUCGAUAUCGAAAACGACGCCCGCUGUUUCGGCGGUGAACGUGCCUUGGCGAAAUCUUGAUGGUGCAAGGUUUGGGGGGGGUCACUUUGAGACACCCUUCAUUCUCCAUCAAUGUGCGACAUUAUUGAAACAACCUUUUUGUGCAUUUUUUUGCACUAUUCUGUGAUAUAUAUAUAUAUAUAAACACUUCUCUCGGAUGGCAUUGGAUAGUUUCAGUGGUGAAUGUGGAGCAAAAAUGGCGACCUCUGGUCAAGUGGAGGGAAGCUUCUUGGAGGGACGAGCUUCUUGGACGGAAGCUCCGGAUGUAGGGCGAAGUGGCGACGUGUAUUGGAGUUAGAGUCUUCUCCAUUUUCAGGACAUGCUUGUUCCUAGGAAGGGAAGAGAGAUCCUGACGAGCACCAACAUUUGCUACGCAACGCAGUGCGACGUUGCAUAGACCAUACGAGUCCAAGGACUCUGAGCUCCUUCCGGCCUUUUUUUGUUCGUUUUCUCGCUUCAUGGCAAAGUGUCGCCACGUGUCGCUGACAACGACGGCCGUCCCACGCGCCGUGCGACUUCUUGAGGUGAAGGUCUUUGGCAUCGUGGGCGAUGUGGGCGAUGUGGGCGACACUGUGGUUGGCCGUGGCGGCCAUUGAUGGUGCUUGGGGCGAGUGCGCGGAAGGCCAAUGCCAUGAUCAAGCCGGGCUGUUUCAGAUCGACGCGAAGCGUGGCACGGCCACACUCGGCAGCAACCGCUCGCAGCAGUUUCCGGGCAUUCCGAUCGGCACCAACCUGGGAGGUUGGCUCUGCUUGGAGGAUUGGUUCUUCUCGGGCAAUGAGGGUCGCUUCGUGUCCACCACUGAUCCGAAAGGGCAAGGCGUUUGCCUGCCGCCCUUGUUGCAAGGCGGCAAGGAGCCCUGGCCAUCUGAGGGCAUGCUGGUGCAGAGGCUGGUCAAGCAGCACGGCAAGGAGUUGGCCGCCCAGGUCUUCGAGGCGCACCGGAACUCCUUCGUGAGCGCGGGAGACUUGGAGGUCUUGGCUGAUCUGGGCAUUAAGAUCGUGCGCAUCCCGGUGGUUUGGAGCCUCUUUGCCGAUGCGCUUGCUCCACUGGCGGAGGAGGAGUACGGCAAGCACAAUCCCCAGAACGAGACCGUGGUGGUGCCGGAUCCGUUUUACUACCAGAACGCCUCGCUGGUCACCAUCCCGCGGCAGCUCUUGGAGAACUUGUUGGCCCACGGCAAUCAACUCGGCCUGAAGUUCCUGCUUGAUCUGCAUGCCUUCCCUGGCGGGUCCUCGGAUGGUACCUACAACGGGAUCUGGCCUUUGAAGCCUGUCUUUUGGAAGGAGAACAUCCAGGUGGGUGACAAGAAGACCUCGCUUCAGAAGGCUGGGAUGAUGAUCUACGAGAAGGCGAUCGAGUGGAUGGAGUCGCUGGAGGGUGAUGCCUUUCAAGCCCUGGAGGGAAUCAGCCCGAUGAAUGAGCCAGGUCAUUUGGCUGGCUUCCAGAGUCCCACCUGGGCGACGCCGGACCAGAUCUUGGGUUGGCUCUCGAAGUCCAUCCAAAUCUUCAAAGACUCCGAGCUUCCUUUGAAGGGCAAGAGGCUCUACAUGCAAAUUAUUGAGACCGCGUUCCCUGACAACAGCUUCUGGGACGUGGUUCCCGACUGGUGGAACGAGCAGACCUCGCCCAUGGAUCGAGACAGCUGGGCAGUCCUGGACAUGCACUGGUAUACCGCCUGGGGAACGAAGGGCGGCGUCUUGCCGGAUCGCGCGGCGGUGGCCUGCAACGAGCCGGUGCAGAAGAUUUUGGAGGUCCUUCGGCCUGGAAUCGAAGGCUUCGCGAAGCAGUUUGCUGAGAAGAUUUCGGGGCAGAAGGCCUGCACGGAAUUUUCCGCGAGCACCAAUGCGGACGCCCUGCUGGCGUGUCAAGACGUAGCGGUGACCAUGCCGUGGUUGCAAGCGCAGGUCAACGCUAUGAUGGAGCAGAGGAUCGCGCCGUUCUUCUGGAGCUUUAAGAUGCCCUAUGGCACCAUCUUUGAAUCGGGCUGGAGCUUGAGAAAGAUCUUCGGGAUGAACGUGCCGCCGCCCUUCCGCUGCGAGACCGGCGCCGGGCUGCUGGGUCCCGACGCCACGGUGCCGUGCUUCGCCGGGAGCUGUGGAGAUGAUUAAGCCGGUGCCCAUAGACCGGAACUGAGCGUGGCACCGUCGUUUGGGUGGGCGAAGGACGUGCAAGUGCCGCAGCGUAUGGCCAUUUUUGUUGGUCUUUUCGUUGAGGAACGACCAGCACACGGAACUCCCAACCGUGCCCACGGGCGACGUGUGAACGGAUGCGACGCCGUGGUGCGACACUUGCGCCUCGUGUCGCGACGCGUGUGACGGCGGUGGUCGGACACGGCGGUUUGCGGUCGUUUGACGGGGCAAAGAUCCCUGCAAGCUUUGGCUGGGAGGAAGAACCUCUCGAAUUUUCCGGGUUGCGAAAGAAGAUCUAACAUGGGCC